AUGACAAAGGGAAAUAGAUCUUUUACUUUAUCAAACAAUCAUGUAAGUGAGAACAGUUAUGCCAAAAAAUAUACGAAUAGAAGACUCAGUCCAGGAUCUAGUGAUCGAGAGCCAACAACGACAGAGUUAAAUCCACCUACACCAGUUGAGUCAAAUCCAAGAACCGUUAGUACAACAACGCAUACUGAAGCUCAGUCAAACGCUCUGACUACAUGUGUACCAACUUCCCCAGUAGCGACUGAACCAUAUCCUACCAGGGGAAGAGGUAGAAAAGGAAUAGUGCCAGAUGGAAAAGUCCAAUUUAGCUCUAACAAGACAAUCACUGGUGUGACUAAAGAUGGCUUUGAAACAUCUCCUGUGCAAUUCAUUUCACAACUUUCUCAUUCACCUCAACAAAUCAAUUCCGAUCAAAUUUCGAGAGCGAUCUCCUCCACACAAGAGCCUCUAUUGGAUUUUGAAAGCAGAUUGCUUCCGAUUGAAAUAAGAGUGUUUCAUCAACUUUCAUUUGCUAAAGAACCGAAAUGCUUUCAACGUGAGAGUGAAAAGCAAAAACUCAAGCGUCUAUCUGCCAACAUAUGUCAGGAUGGUCAUAGUGUUAAAUUACCAUUCAAUUAUUUAACCAACUCCAAUCAUCAAGAGGAAACUAAAGUCAUGCUCCUCUCCACACCAAGCUAUAUUUUCAACAAUAACCAUGCUCUUUUCAAUAAAGAAGACCUUACAUUCCACAAUGUAAAUUCCACUUUAUUAAUGAAAACAAUAGCUGUUGCAAAAUUAAAAGAAGUUUUGCAUAACAUGGAAUUCUUCAUUAAAGAUCAACUCAUAGAAUCAUCAGUAAAGAAAGUCAGACCAUACUGUGUUGGAUCUAUCUCACCUGGUAUUUUCAAUGAUACCAAAAUGUCAGUUAUUAUACAUCACUACAAGUGUACUCUACUUGACCCAAAUGGAGAGAGAAGUUUCAAGUAUCCAAAAUUGAUUACCAACGACUGGUGGUUCAGAGAUACCCUUAAAUCAGGAGUUGCUGCAAGAUUUGUGGUUGAAUCAAUUAGCUUUAAAAUCAACUCACUUUUUAACACUGUGACAGUAGAGUUUGAGUAUGGUAAAUAUGCUAUCUCAACAAACAUUCUUUAUAUGGAUCCAAGCGAUUACAUAUUUGAAUCUCAAGCAAUACAAAAAAUUGAUUUAUUGCAAAAAAAAUACUUUUAUUGUUUCAUGUUCCAACUCACAGAGGCUGAUGAGAAAGGAAUUGUACUAGUUUACUAUGGUCAACCAAAUUGUAUUGCUUGCGAUUUGGUCAAAGAAUAUAUGAGAACCUUACCAAUUAUUGUUGAUUGUAUGUGGGCCAAUGAUGUCGCAAUCUAUCCAUUCGUCAAGGUCUUCAACGCAGUUCAAAAAUGUAUGGGUUACUUUACUAGCUCUGGUACUAAUAUGAUCGAUUUAAUCAAGAAAUACUAUGAACCGGCUGAAUACUCUUAUCGUGAGAAGACACAAGCUUGGGCGUUUUUCAGAUCAAAGGUUAAAAAUGUUAAACAAUUGCUGCUGUCUCACCAUAAAGUUUUAAUGUUGAUUUGGACUAUUGAUUAA